GGCUAAAAUUGGUCAGCAGGAGAGGAGAGGUGAAGGAGCUGGACCCCCUCCCCACCGCGCCCAGUUCUUUUUUUUGCGCCCGGAUUCAGUCGGUACAAGCAGACUACAUUCUUAAGUGUUGGAGAGUGCACAUCGGAAUGUAUUUUGCGCGACGUAGCCUCUCGAAAUCCGAAAUCGGGAAACAGAAUCGAAGCACCGUGCUAUUUUUCGAACAUGGUAGAUUAAACAUAAAUAAGAUUAAUGCAUAAAUAAGAGCUUAAGUGAUUGUUCGUUGUUAUGCUCUAUUAGUGUAGAAUUAAAGUCGAAAUGGACACACUUUUCACUUCAACUGAAUACCCAAUCAACUGGACCAACCACCCGAAUGAAACAGAGGAAUACUGGAACCAAUUUGUGCAACCAGUUUGGAGGAUAGUUCUUUGGGCAAUCGCUUAUUCCACCAUUGUCAUCGUGUCAGUAGUGGGCAAUAUAACGGUCAUAUGGAUCAUCGUGGCGCAUAAACGGAUGAGGACAGUCACCAACUAUUUCCUUGUGAACUUAGCGUUCGCCGAGGCGUCCAUGGCGGUGUUUAACACGGUUAUAAACUUCGUCUACGCCGUGCACAACGAGUGGUACUUUGGUCUGAUAUACUGCCGCUUUCAUAACUUCUUUCCCAUUGCCGCCGUAUUUGCCAGUAUCUGUUCUAUGACAGCUAUAGCGGUGGACAGGUACAUGGCCAUAAUCCACCCUUUGAAGCAGCGGCUCUCCUCCACGCAGACCAAGGUGAUCAUCAGCGUGAUCUGGGCCCUGGCGCUGCUCCUGGCCUUCCCACAGUACUACUACUCCAACAUGGACUGGCUUCCCGGCCGAGUCGUCUGCUACAUCGACUGGCCAGAGUACACCCUUCUGGACUUCAAAACCAUUUACUAUGUGUGUGUGGCGAUCUUGCUGUACUUCCUACCACUACUGGUGAUGGGGUGUGCAUACCUGGUGGUGGGACUGAACCUGUGGGCCAGCGAGAUCCCCGGAGACUCGUCCAACCGCUACCACGAGCAGCUCAACGCUAAGCGCAAGGUGGUGAAGAUGAUGAUCGUGGUGGUGUGCACGUUUGCCGUCUGCUGGCUGCCCUACCACGUCUACUUCCUCCUGCACCAGUCCUUCCCCGAGCUCUUCGAGAGACCCUUUAUCCAGCAGGUCUACCUGGCCGUUAUGUGGCUGGCUAUGAGCUCCACCAUGUACAACCCCAUCAUCUACUGCUGCCUCAACGACCGGUUCCGCGUGGGCUUCAAGCGGGCUUUCCGCUGGUGCCCGUGCGUGCCGGCUGGCUCAAGCGACGCCAUGGAGCUGAAGUGCACUCGCUACAUGCACACGCAGACCAGCAUGUGCAAAGGCAGCCGCAUGGACAGCACUGUCUGUGCCGUGCUGCCCGCAUCCGAGGACGGCGCCAGGACCGCCCCCUUGGGCAGGGCCGGCGCGGGGCCCGGGGCGGGAGGGGGGCGGGGCUCGGCCCUCCACAGCCCCUCCCUGGAGCUCACUUCCAACGGCUCGUCGUCCCGGAGCAUGUCCAAGACCGUGUCGGAGACGUCCAGCUUCUACUCCGGUAGCAACCUCCCUGCCUAGGAGCUCGGGGGAGGCCAGGGUGCCGGAGGAACGCGCCAGAGAACCGGAAGAGACGUCCCCGCCGAAACCUGUGGCGGUGGAAUUAAUGGCUUCCAUUCAUCUCUCUGCAAACAUGUCAUCUCUACAUAAUCUCUUUUAAAAACCACCUAGAGCCAGCGCUGUGUGUGUGGGGUGUGUGUGUGUGUGUGUGUGGGUGUGUGUGUGUGUGCGUGGGUGUGUG